AUGAGGUUCUCAGCUUCAUCUGCUCUGUGGGCUCUACCAAGUCUCCGCUACGUCUCGGCCGCCGCCUUGUCGUCAAGAGUGGACGACCAGCAAUGCCACAAGACGACUGUUGCAAUCCUAGGUGCCGGCGUGGCAGGCAUCACUGCCGCCCAAGCCCUCUCUAACCAAUCCAUCUCGGACUUUAUCAUCAUCGAGCACAAUUCAUACAUCGGAGGGCGUGUUGCCCACACGACCUUUGGCUCGAAGCCUGACGGAUCUCCCUAUGUCGUUGAACUAGGCGCCAACUGGAUCCAAGGACUAGGCUCUGAAGGUGGCCCGGAGAAUCCCAUUUGGACCAUGGGGAAGAAAUACAACGUCACAAACACCUACUCCAACUACAGCUCCAUUCUUACCUACAACGAGACGGGUGCCGUUGACUUUACCUACCUUCUGGACGAGUUCGAGGAUGCUUAUGCCAUAGCGGAGCAGAAUGCCGGCUACAUCGUGACCGAGAACCUGCAAGACACGAGCACCAGAGUGGGCUUCAGUCUUGCCGGAUGGAAGCCGAAGAAGAACAUGGCCGCCCAGGCUGUGGAGUGGUGGGAAUGGGACUGGGAAACUGCUUAUGAGCCUGAGCAGAGCGGGUUCGCCGCCGGUAUCUGGGGGUACAACGCAUCCUUUUACCAAUUCAGUGAGGCCAACAACUUCGUCGUCGACCAGCGUGGCUUCAACGCUUUUGUCAUUGGAGAAGCCAACACUUUCCUCAAGAAGAACGACUCUCGCCUGCUGCUGAACACUACAGUAACCGACAUCAAAUACUCGUCAGAUGGAGUCACUGUGUACAACGCCGACGGUAGUUGCGUCUCCGCUGCAUACGCCAUUUGCACCUUCUCCCUCGGAGUGCUACAGAAUGAUGCUGUUACCUUCGAACCGGAACUGCCGGAUUGGAAGCAGGACGCCAUUGAGAAUUUCCAGAUGGGAACCUACACCAAGAUCUUCAUGCAGUUCAACGAGACCUUCUGGGACCCCGACACGCAAUUCUUCCUCUACGCCGACCCGGAAAAGCGUGGAUACUAUCCCGUGUGGCAGUCUCUCGACACCGAUGGCUUCAUCCCCGGCAGCGGAAUCAUUUUCGCAACCGUCGUUCACAGCGAGUCGUAUCGCAUCGAGGCCCAGACUGUCGAGGAGACAACGGUGGAGCUGAUGGAGGUCCUGCGCAAGAUGUUCCCCGACAAGGACAUCCCCGAACCAAUCGACGUCAUGUAUCCGCGCUGGAGCUUGCAGCCUUGGGCCUAUGGAUCCUACUCCAACUGGCCGGUUGGAGUCACACUUGAGAAGCACCAGAAUCUGCGGGCCAACGUGGAUAGACUGUGGUUUGCCGGAGAGGCCAACUCGGCAGAGUACUUUGGUUUCUUGCACGGCGCGUGGUUCGAAGGCCGGGAUGUUGGGCAGCGCAUUGCCGGCCUCCUUGGGAAGGUGUGCACCAAUGCGGAUGCUACAGGGAACGCAACCGAUGCUUGUGGUGCGAUGAGAAACUACGAAGUGCUGCAUGGUACUACAAUGUACGACGAGUACGACCUUGAGAAUGGGAUCAUGGUCAGCCCAUUCGUCGUCUACGCUGAUGAGUAA